ACAAAUUAUUAAAAUUAAUCAAUUUCUGGGUACAUAAAGUUGACCGGAGUUCUCCUUCGCCCAAUUUGCUUUCCAAAAUGAUCGGGUUCAUCACCCUAGUGUUUGCGCUGAAUAUAAUUUUCUGCAAUGCUCAACUUAUCACAAAAUUCCAAGUGUGCUCGCGCUCAGAUCCUGAUAUCAACAGCUGCCUCAAAUCGGCAAUCCUAAAUGCGCUUCCUGUUUUGAAAGACGGAGUAACCGAAUAUGGUCUCCCGUCCCUCGAGCCGUUCACGCUUCCAAAAUUCGUGAUUAAUGCUGUGCCUCCAACGCACUUUGACCAGGUCUACACCAACAUCAAGGUCUACGGUUUCGUGUUCAGUCAAAUUGAAGAAGUCACUGCCCAAAUCACCGACGACAGCUUUUUGAUUGUCAUAAAGGCGUUAACCGGAAAGGUACAAGUAACUUCUGACUACGAAUUUGAGGGCGCCCUCUUCGGCGGUGUCGACGCCAGCAGCGCCGGACAAUGCAGCGUUAAUAUAGUUAACAAGUCGAUGACGGUCAAAUUUAGCGGAUCGCCGCAAACCGUCGGUGGAGAGAGAUACCUGGAGGCGAAGGACAUCAAAAUAAUCGACAUCAAGGACGAAAAGGUCACCUUUACCUUUACCUCCCAAGACAAACCGGAGGCGGCAAGUUUGCUAACGAAAAAAUUUGACGAACACUGGGAGGCUAUAUCUAUGGACGAAAUACAAAAGGCCGUUGGGAUUUAUUCUGCUGCGUUCCUAAAGGAGGCAAAUGUUGUUUUUUCAAAAAUUCCAUUUGAUACCUUGUUCCCAAAGUAAAUAUUUAAACAAUU